AUGGCUGCGGCCGUGGCUGGGAUGUUGCGAGGGGGUCUCCUACCCCAGACCGGCCGGCUGCCCACCCACCAGAUUAUCCGCUAUGGCUCCAAAGCUGUUACCCGCCACCGUCGUGUGAUGCACUUUGAGCGGCAGAAGCUGAUGGCUGUGACUGAGUAUAUUGCCCCCAAACCUGUUGUCAACCCAAGAUGCCUGCCGCCCCCUCCCAGCCCCCCGCAGGAGGAGACAGGCCUCAUCCGGCUCCUCCGUCGGGAGAUAGCCGCAGUUUUCCGAGACAACCGAAUGAUAGCUGUCUGCCAGAACGUGGCUAUGAGCGCGGAGGACAAGCUUCUCAUGCGGCACCGGCUGCGGAAGCACAAGAUCCUGAUGAAGGUCUUCCCCAACCAGAUCCUAAAGCCCUUCCUGGAGGAUUCCAAAUACCAAAACCUGCUGCCCCUUUUCGUGGGGCACAACUUGCUGCUGGUCAGUGAAGAACCCAAGGUCAAGGAGAUGGUGCGCAUCUUGAAGAGUGUGCCUUUCCUGCCGCUGCUGGGUGGCUGCAUUGACGACACCAUCCUCAGCAGGCAGGGCUUCAUCAACUACUCCAAGCUCCCUAGCCUGGCCCUGGCACAGGGGGAGCUGGUGGGAGGGCUCGCCCUGCUCACAACCCGGACCCACUCUCUGCUUCAGCACCACCCCCUCCAGCUGACUGCCCUGCUGGAUCAGUUCACCAGACAGCAGCGCGAGGGGGACCCCGUCCUGCCAGCCAGCGCGCAGCCGGAUCCUCCCAACCCUGUUCAGGACUCGUAG